AUGACGAAUUCUCCAUUAUUUGAUGCUGCGCUCACUACUGUAAUCGGACUUGGAAUGGUAUUUGUAGGUGGCAUUGCUUACAUCAACUGGUAUAAAUGGAACGUCCUUGUCAAAAUGGAUAAAGCAUUUGACGCCGGGUAUGAUCCGGCCCUUGAAGUGGCAGACAACGCGAAGACGUCUACUCAUGUUUACGCGUCUGAUGAGGAGCAUUUGCGCCGUCAAGAGCAAGAUUUAGUCGACCGUAUCAUUUCGGGGCAAGAAAAAGGCCACUAUUAUAUGUUCCUAGGGCCCAAGGGCGCGGGUAAAACGACUAUGAUUUACGAUGCCAUGGCGAAAAUCAAUGCGGAUGGUGUGUCAAUCUGCGACGCACAUCCUGACCUUGAAGUAUUCCGCCUGCGCCUCGGGAAAGCGCUGAACUACGAAUAUAACGAAGACACUCAGACGGGUCUAUUUCAGCGAAGGGAUCCACGGGAAGGAGGUGCUGCUUUAGAUAUAGAGCGAGCUCUUAAUAAACUCGAAAAAGUUGCUUUACGACGUGCUCGUAAAACUGGCAAACCCCUUGUUCUCGUUUUCAAUAACGUUCAUUUCUUCCAACAUACGGAUGAAGGUCGUAAUAUGUUGUUACAAUUGCAACAACGCGCUGAGUCAUGGGCCGAGAGCAGUAAGCUGGUUUUAUAUUUGUCCAUCCCCAUUAGUGAUGAUUUCUGGCCAUAUAACGUGAUGCGUGAGUCUGCAAGUCGCAUGCUAACGCUAUCUAUUUUUGACCUAAAAAGAAAUGAAGCGCUUCAAGCCGUGCGACGUCUCCGACGCGCAUACUUACAUUCCCGUGGGGACUCCAGCAAAUCAAUUGAGGACACCGACACGAUUAAGAGCGCUCUCGCAUUCUCCGGCGGGCGCCUUUCAUUCCUGAGCAAAGUUGCAAAGGCAGAUGAUAUGGUUCAAUACGCGGAGCAUAUGGUACAGAAAGAGAAGGCCUGGUUACUCAGUCAGAUUGGGUUGAUCACAGACUGUGAUGACGACGUCAUGGACGAGCAAAAAUGGAGCUCAUGUUCAUGGCUCCUCCUGCGAGAGUUCGUGCGCCUGCAUAAAGAACAUCAGGAAAAACUUGCAGCUGAAGGGAAAGAGUUAGACGAGUUCUUCCUUCCAUCAGUGACUUAUGGCGAAACUAGGCAACUAAUGACUCGGACUGACUUUAUAGAUGAUUUGGAUAAGAAUAAUAUUAUAUCCAUAGAUGUUAACUAUAAUGUCCGGCCGGAUUCCAUGGUGAUCCUUCAGGCUGCGAAGGAAGUAGUCGAGGCAGAUGGAUUUGAUGAGAUACUAGAUAGUGUCCGUGACCGCAUCGACGAGAUUGAGAGUCUCCAUCGUACAAGGGAGCUUACCGUGCGUCUACCUUCAUCUUUGUAUUAG